AUGACCUUCUCAAUUCCUUCUUGCAGGUAUCGCCGGGCCAGCCAAAAGGUGCCGUAUUAUGGAUACACGUCUGGUCGGCCGUUGCCACCCUUUGUCUCGAAAAGGCUGCCCCGGUCUGGCUCACAAUACUACCCGUUCUAUGGGUCAAGAUACCCUGCAUACAAAACCCUUCCACCGCGUGGGAAAACUCCAUGCGCUCAGCUCUACUGUCCGCCCGGUGUGACCGGUUAUCAACCACGAGGUGCGACGGUCUACCCAGACCCACAUACAGCCAGGUACUCCAAGCUAAACAAGAACCCGACACUGCCACACACAGCUAUCUAUCAGAAACCUUUGCCGACCCAAUGUCCAUACAGUGGCAUGACCAAAGGCCGACAUGGCCCCAUCAACAAGGGCUCGCUGCCAUGUGUCACUGGCGCCCCUCUACCCCGUGUGACCAAAGGUCCGGUGAUUUAUCCCACCAAUGUCUCUCAACCGUGCUUAAACAAGGCCCCGCUACCACGUAUGACCAAAGGCCCUGUGCUGUACUCAAGCAAGGACCUAUUGCCACAUAUUCAUGACCCACCACCCCGUGUGGCGAAGGGGCCACUACCACGGAUGACAAAAGGCCCUGUAUUCUAUGCAACUGAAGACCCACAACCAGGCCUAGGCAACGCCUCACAAGCAAAUGGGACAAAGGGCACCCAGCCACACCCGGCAAAGGGCACUCUUCCACGUGCCACCAAGGGGCCUCGUCUCGUUGUGACGAAGGUCCCGCGGUUCAGCGCACUGAGGGCCUCGCGAUACUUCCUGAAGAGGGCUUCACGGCCCAACCUGACGAGAGGCUCUCAGCCAAGCUUGGUCAAGGGCUCGCGGCCGUCCCUGGCAAAGGGCUCCAGGGUCUCUUUGACUAAAGGCUCCCAGCCCAGUCUGGCCCGUAACGCCACAAACCUGGCGGCCUCAAAGAAGCUUCCCAAAAACGUCAAGAUCGCAAGCACUGGGAAGAAGUACUGUUCAGCCACCAAGUGGCCUUUCUGA